AUCUGAGAACCAACACAUGCGCAUUGCAGAGUCAGCUAAAGAUCUCCACCCCCGAGCAAGAAAACAUCUCAUCAUGUGCAGAGGGCUCGAGUCGCUGCCCAUCAGCUGCCUGGAGCGGGCAAAAGAGCUCAAAUCGCUGUUUGGAAGUUUGCUCCAGAAGUCAGAUCACAGUGGACAAUCAAAGAAAAGUGGAAAGCUGAGGGUAAAUGCAGAAGAACCUUUGAAAUGGAAGGAAUCGUUCGACCAACUUUUAUCAAGCCAAAAUGGACUCUGCCUCUUCAGAGCAUUCCUUGUCUCUGAGUUCAGCGAGGAAAACAUUGCCUUCUACUUGGCAUGCGAGGACUACAAGGCAACUAAACCUGCCAAACUGGCAACGAAGGCCAAGAAAAUCUAUGAGGAGUUCAUGGGCUCUGACGCGCCACGAGAGGUAAAUCUGGACCAUGUGACCAAAGAAGCCACGAAGGAGAACCUGGAGGAGCCUAGCCUGUCUUGUUUCGAUCUGGCUCAGGCCAAAAUCUACUCCCUGAUGGAGAAGGACUGCUAUCCUCGAUUCCUCAAGUCCACCACAUACCUGGAGGUCAGCAAAGAGGUCAGAAGCAGCUAACAAGGUUGUUUACUUCUCCAUGGGAAACUACUGCGAUUCUCAUAUGCCAAAGCGAGGCAGAGUCGGGACUCCGGACAGUUCAGGCAAAGCAAACGCCUCAGUUAAAGAAGAUUUGCACACAGCUGAAAAGUUAUUUUUGAGACUGGAAGCUGAAUGUGAGACCAAUAAGUGAGACAGCCUGAGCAGGAGUGCCUCUGGGCUGCAGGGACACGUGCACGGCACUCAAAGUGGCAUCAUAUCGACACUAGUGGAGUAGACACUCAGAUAUCAUGGUGGCAUUAAUAUUUAUUUAUUGAUUAUUUAUUGUAGAAUUAUUUUAUUUAUGUGAAUGUUGCUUUAAAACUGUCAUAAAGUGAGUUUUGUUGUAUUUAUUUAAAGUACUGUAAGUAAAAAUAAAUGUACUGAAUAAAAGAG